UAACGCCAUGCCAUUGCUUAUUAAAUCGUAACAACCCAGCAAUUACCCAUUCAUUACCAAGCUUUCAUAUUUUCUUGCUUGCUUUUCUCUGUUCUUUCUCAUGGCUAAAGUUUUAGACGACGCUGAGUUUUGGCUUCCGUCUCAGUUUUUAACCGACGAUGAGUUUUGGUUUGGGCUUAAUUUUCCGGUUGAGUCUGUGGUGGGUUCUACUGAAACAGACAGUGAUGAAGAAGAUUACCUGGCUGAGUUAACUCGUCUAAUGGCCCACUCUACUCUCCGGAACAACCAUGCGUUUGCCUCUCAAUACUCCAAGGGACGGGUGUUGCCCAGUUCGCCUCAAUCGACUCUAUGUGCGUUAAGGAGCGGUUGUAGCUGCAAGCAAGGGCCUCAUGGAAGCUUUAACUGUCAAUCUCGAGUUUCAUCGCCGCUGGGAAGGUGGGAUUAUGCGGCGGUGGCAGGGGAAGUGGCAAGCAUGCGAGAGAAUAGAGAAUCAUCGUACGGUGGAUUCACCAACAGAGGUCUCUUGGGUCCACCGGCAAGAAAGUCCAUUGAUGUUUCUGGCUUUUACCCUUUUCACCAGUCACUUUCUCACCGCAAUUUGCAGGCCAGUCAAGUUCAACAAUUGAAGCAACAACAGCUAAUGAAACAACUGAAACAUCAACAUCAGUAUCAGCAGAACUACAGCCUUGUGUUCCAAAACAAAGGAAGGAAUAGUAAUAAUAAUAGGCCUUUGGGUAUGUCUCCAUCUGCAUGGCCACCUCUACAGCCACAAAACGGGUCCGGUAUGCGGGCUGUUUUCUUGGGGAAUCCAAAUGGUAAAAAGGAAUGUACUGGAACUGGUGUUUUCCUGCCCAGUCAUAUUGGUACCCCUUCUGAAUCCAACAAGAAACCAGCUUGUUCAACUGUUCUACUUCCAGCUAGAGUAGUUCAAGCCUUGAACUUGAACCUUGAUGAGAUUGGUGCUAGACCCAAUCUUCAUCCUGGGUUCAACACAAGUUUCACUGCUGAUAAUGAUGCUGCUGCUUUGAAGCUUCGAAGUGGUGGGACUGGGAAUGUUUUUUCAAGUAAGAAACAGCACAACUCAAGGCCUCACCAAGGGAUCAACCGUGAAGUUCAGUUACCACAAGAUUGGACUUAUUGACUCAACUUUGCAUAUGGUUGUUGACUAAAUUAGUAGUAUAGAUGACAUAUAUAGGUUUUUAGGGUUAGGUUUAGAUGAAAAUCAAUAAUUUUCUAGUUUCCAGGAAUGAUGGUGAUAUAUAUAUAUAUAUAUAUAUGGGGUUGCAGCCAGAUUUUGUUCAUUACUUUGGGCUUAGGGAAAACCAGUUAAAGCUAUAGGAAGAGGUUACUCUUUUGUAAUCUGGGAAUAAGUAUAUGUUGUUGAAAGUGAAAAUGUUAAUGAAAUGAACGAGGUUUUAUUACAA